AUGGAAGAUAUCCCGGGGAAGGGGCCGCCACCAGGGAAGCCGCCGGACGGUGGGACUACGUGGGCUUCGAUGGUGAUGGGAACAAGUGCUGGUGGACGGUUGGUUCCGAAGAGUUUGGUGUCGGAUGAGUUUGUAGUGGAACGGUUGAGGGUAGAGUUUCCGGAUGGUGAUGAUGGAGAGCCGGUAAUAACGAUUGGGCAGGACGUAUUGGAGGCGAUGAAUGGUCUGUGGAAACAGUGCAUGAUCGUAAAGGUCUUGGGGAGGAGCGUUCCGAUUGCAGUGCUUUCUAGGAAACUACGGGAGUUAUGGAAGCCGAGUGGAUCUAUGACAGUGCUGGAUCUACCUCGUGGUUUCUUUAUGGUGAGGUUUGGGGUCGAGGAGGAGUAUAUGGCGGCGUUAACGGGGGGUCCGUGGAAAGCUUUUGGGAGUUACCUGUUGGUCCAAGCUUGGUCUCCCGAAUUUGAUCCGUUGAGGAAUGAGAUCGUGACGACACCGGUGUGGAUCCGGUUGACGAAUCUUCCCGUGAACUUUUACCAUCGUUCCAUCUUGAUGGGGAUUGCUAAGGGUUUAGGGAAACCGUUGCGAGUGGAUCAAACAACGCUAAACCUGGAAAGGGCUUCGCGAGGGUUUGUGUUGAGGCUGCGAUGUUUAUGGCCACCUGGUGCAUUCGUGCCCAAGCGCGUAUCCGGUGCCGGCAGUGGCCCCAGAGAAUUGGUCGUGGCGCAGGUUCAGGCUGAUGUAGAAGGGGGCUUUACGGCUGUACGAGGGUCACGACAAUCGACCGGAGCUCGUAGACGACCGGAGAAUGUUGCGGCGGGGAAGGCGGUGGAAACACAACGGCGUGCACUAAAGGAAAUCCCGCAAAAUCAGGGAGUUGGGAAUAUUCCGCUAUCGAAAGCUUUUGAUCGUUUAAGGGAAGAUACGGAUCCGAAUCAGUUAGAGGAAGUUGGUUGUGGAAAGGAGGUGGAUAAGGAAAACUCUAUUCAAGUCGAGUUGGUGGUUUUUGGUAAGAAUGCCGGAUCAAGCAAGGAUUACGCGGGGUUUCAGUUGCAUGAUGUGGUGAGUCAGCUCGAUGGGCCUUUCUUGUUGGAUGGUGACUUCAAUACGAUAUUGCGAGUGGACGAGCGGGCAGGAGGGAAUGGUCGUUUGUCACCUGAUUCGGUAGCAUUUGGUGAGUGGAUUAACGACUUAUCGCUUAUUGAUAUGGGCUUUCGAGGAAACCAGUUCACAUGGAAGCGUGGGAGAGAGGAAAGAAACUUUGUGGCAAAGCGCCUUGACAGGUUGGCUCCGGUGGCAGUAAGGGAUCCGAAAAGGAGACCGUUUAGGUUUGAGGCGGCUUGGUUGAAACACCCAGGCUUCAAGGAGCUGCUGCAAACUUCUUGGAAAGGAGAACUGUGUACUAUGGAGGCACUAUCUAUGUUGCGCAGGACUCUAGUUCGCUGGAAUAGGGAAGUGUUUGGCGAUGUUAUGAAACGGAAGGAGAGGCUGCUGCGAGCUAUAGCAGAAGUUCAGGAGGAGCUAUUACUGGGGCCAUUGGAUGCUCUAUUGGUACGGGAGGAAGAUUUGACCAAGGAGUUAGACGUCGUCCUAGAACAAGAGGAGAUGAUCUGGUUUCAGAAAGCUCGUGAAAAUGGAUUCCUUUGGGGGAUCGGAACACACACGCUUCUUUCACACAUCGACGGUGAUUCGAAGGAGGAGGAACCGGAUUGA